AUUUUUAUGCACAUGAGCUAUUUUGUGUAUGUGUUUUCAUAUGACAUAAUUUUCUGCAGGCCUAGAUAACUAUGCAAUUUGAGGAUUUUUUUUUUUUUGCUGUUUUUUAAAAUACUUUUCUGGAACCCUCUUUUCAUGCUGUUAAACCAGCCUUCCUUCUACAAGCCUUAUUUAACAGCUUGCCUAUAUAUCCCCACCCCUUUCGAAUUUGUUGCCUUUAUUGUGGUUUCUUCCAGGUAUGUUAACAUUAUUUCUUAAGAAAAAGAAUGAAAUGGGGCUAAGAGAGGACCAAUAUAGACUGAUAAGUGAAUAAAUUUUAAUAAAUGGAUAUUGUAGCAUUUAUAUUAAUUUCUUAAAGGUAUUUUUAUAUACAUUCAGGGUUUUUGUAACAUUGGGAUUUCAAGUCACUGGAUAAAUAUCUCCAGGUGAGUAAAAUGUUACUACCUAUCUGUUGCUUUCUUCAGUCUACUGGGCUCUAUCAAAACAUAACCUAAUUGGCUUUGUUUACUCUGAUAGAUCAGCAAACAUCAGCAGGAAUAUCUCUAUAGUCAGAGAGAUAGAUCUACUCUGGUUCUGAUCUCUGGAUAACUCUUCCUAGUGAUAAUACCUGAUCCAAAGGCCAAACCACUGAGGGUACCGAGCUCCAGAAAGGUCAAGAUUUACAAUAAUAGCAACAUUAUUCUCAAGACACACCCAGAAGUACCCUUUCCUGCCACAGUAAGAGCUGUUCUGUUGGGUUUCUGAGGCUCUUAAGUGAGGACAUAGUUCAGUGCUAGGUUUCCAGGCAGCUGACUUUGUUGAGGUGUGAGGAGACUCUCUUUGUGAACUUUGUAGCUGAGCACCUGGGUUGCAAGAGCCUGUCCUUCAUCAGUGAUUUCUAUAUGGACACUUCUGCCUCCCCCAUGCUUCCCAAACUUAGCAGAGGACCAGGAGGUGUUAUAUGAGGACUCUAGCCUCUGCAGUAGUUACCCUGGACUGGUAGGGGCAUUUCUAGUCACAGAAGAAAGAUUAGAUUCCUUACAUCCAAUUCCAUGCCCAACAUCACUCUAAUUGGAAGUAACAUACUUAUUUUCAAUGCUCUGAGGCAGAGUCCUUGUUCUCUCCUUGUUUGCACAUAUUGUGGGGGAUGCCUGCAGGCCUGAGGGUCAGAGAGAACUGGGGAAAUGGAAAAAGUGAUUAGAAUCUUCCAUCAAUCUUUUCUACUGUGUAACUGUCAACAAAUGGCUAUCAGUAAUUCUUCCCAUAAAGCAAAUAUUUGGUUUUGCUUCUAAAUUCAGAAGGUAACUAUUUCUAAGUCAGCCCAGGAGCACUUUUUUUUGUGAUCUAAAUUCUGGACCAACUUGGAGGAGGCCAAGGGAGCUUUGGGGAGACAUGGCAGCGGUAUCAGGAACAGAGAUGAUGAAAACUGCGACUCAGUCUUUUGGCUGUUGUCAACCUCCCUUCUGUAGAUCUGGUUUUAUUCAGAAAAGGAGUGAAAGUUUAUGUUAAUGUAAUUGUCAAUUUCCAUUUCCACAGAGACCUCAGAAGAGAAAUGGCCACAGGAAAUCAUUCUGCAGCAGCCCACUUUGUGUUAGUGGGUUUGACACAGGAGCCAGAGUUCCAGCUGCUCCUCUUCCUUCUGUUCUUAGGAAUCUAUGCGGUGACCGUGGUGGGGAACCUGGGCAUGAUUCUCCUGAUUGCAGAUAGCCCUCUGCUUCACACCCCCAUGUACUACUUCCUCAGCAGUUUGUCCUUCAUCGAUCUCUGCUAUUCCUCUGUCAUCACCCCAAAAAUGCUAGUGAACUUCCUAGGCAAGGAGAAUACGAUCCUUUAUUCUGAGUGCAUGGCCCAGCUCUUUUUCUUUGUGGUCUUUGUGGUGGCUGAGGGUUACCUCCUGACCGCCAUGGCAUACGAUCGCUAUGUUGCCAUCUGUAGCCCGCUGCUUUAUAAUGUGGUCAUGUCCUCUGGGGUCUGCUCACUGCUGGUGCUGGCCGCCUUCAUCAUGGGCUUUCUCUCUGCCUUGGCUCAUACAAGUGCCAUGAUGAAACUGUCCUUCUGUAAAUCCCACAUCAUCAAUCAUUACUUCUGUGAUGUCCUUCCCCUCCUCCAUCUCUCCUGCUCCAACACGCACCUCAAUGAGCUUCUACUUUUUAUCAUCGCGGGUUUUAACACUUUGGUGCCUACCUUGGCUGUUGCCAUCUCCUAUGCCUUCAUCUUCUAUAGCAUCCUUCACAUUCAAUCCUCAGAGGGGCGGUCCAAAGCUUUUGGAACUUGCAGCUCUCAUCUCAUGGCUGUGGGCAUCUUCUUUGGGUCUAUCACCUUCAUGUAUUUCAAGCCCCCUUCAAGUAAUUCCCUGGACCAGGAGAAGGUGUCCUCUGUGUUCUACACCACAGUGAUCCCCAUGCUGAACCCUUUAAUAUACAGUCUUAGAAACAAGGAUGUGAAGAAAGCAUUGAGGAAGGUCUUGCGUGGGAGAUAAAUCCUGAUUUUGGCAAUUUAUAGAUGGUAGAAAUGAAAGGUUCCAAUGAAAAUAUGUUCUUUUGUCCACUUUUCUUGUUAUUCUGUUGUAAUAUACAUAUUACAUAACAUCUAGACUUUCAAAAAAUA